AUGAAGUUCUUGACUUCCUCUUCAUCCACCGCCUCCUCGACCAUCACCUCCACCACUGCCUCCACUUCUUUCGGUGGCAAUGUCCACAAUUCCAGAAGCACCCCAGCUGGGUGCAUUGCCGGGGUCUUCCGCCGACUUCUUUGCCUUAAAAGCCUUCCCACGCACCCCUCUGAUCACUUCAAAGACACCGACCACGACUCUGUCUCCGUGGAGCUUGACAGGCUACAAUGUACUAGUACUGUAAGUGCAGAGGAGAGGGCUGAGUCCUCCGCCACACCGUGCAUCGUGGCAAGGCUAAUGGGUUUAGAAUCAUUGCUGCCUCAGACCGAUUUUUCUGCCGCUGAAAAAAGUCCGAGUUCAAUUGCACGUAGCCGGUCGAUGAAUUCUGUGGAUUUGAUGAAGGAGCUUGUGUCAAUUCAGGGGAGGCAUAGACGCGUGAAGAGCUUCAGGGAGACUGCUCCCACAUUUCUUGAGCUAGAAGAUGAGAAUUUUUUUGUUCUUAGCUUUGAGAAUAUUGUAGGUGAAAGUAGGAAAUCGGAGACGGGUUCGAAGCAGAAGAAGCAAAGAGGCAGAGGAGCAAACGAUAAAUCCCAGAAUAGUACGAGGAGCAGGGAGAAUGCUUAUGAAAAGAAUAAAGAAAAUCAAGAUCCCAUGAAUGUUUUAAAUAAUGAGAAGCAAGAGCGGACGACGGAUUCUAGGAAGGCUUCUCAAAGAGCUGUUUCUGAAGUAAUGAGCGACGGUAUUCGUCCACUGAGUAUUAGUUCUUCCCAAAAUUCAUUUGAGGGGAAGGAAGUCGAAAACAGGGCAAAGCCCAUAAACCGCAAACCUGAGAAUGAAUUAGGAAGGAGAAGAAGGAUGAAGAAGAGAAAAGAUGAUUGCUUGCCAGUAAAGAAAGUAGAAUCAGAUUGCUCUGAUUCUGAAAAUUCCAGCCCAAAUUCUGUUUUGGAUAUCGUGAAAUUCCCAUGUGAUCCAGAAGUUACGAGCUCAGAGGGGCUCUCACGAUUGACGAAUUCAAAGUCAAGGAGGACUUUAACAGAAGAACUCGAGAAUUAUAGGAAGCUGAAUCAUCAGUACGUUGAUAAGAGUUUGACAAGCAAUGCUUCUGGUAAAUCUAGGACUCGCAGCGAAGGCAAAUGCGUUGAGUUGAGGAAGAAUGAUCGUGGAAGGCAGAAUAAUUCUGCCAACAUGUGGGGUGAAAUUUGCGAAUUGGCAGAAAAAGACACGAUUCGGUCGAAUUGGAUACCACUGAGCAAGGAGAUUCAGAAGUUUGAAGGCUACAGAGAGAUCAGUGGAGAAUUCGAGAUACAAAUUUUUGAGGAAUUGUUGGGAGAGCUGGUGGAUCAGCUCGGUGGGGGGACUUGCCACCAAAAUCUUUGACUUGUAAAAUCACACCAACUCAACGUAUUCAUACUUCCUUGCUUUUUUUUUUUUUUUUUUGUAGUAUAUAUAUUAUAUAUAAAAUGUCUACUACGUAAACCAUUACAGAAUCUAGAUUGCAAUAUGACACGGGAUAGUAUUCCUAGUUUCA